AUUUAUUUAUUUUUUUUUGUUUAUCCUUAUUCUUUUCUAAUCGUAGUCCUUCUCCAUCAUCUCAUCACUAGCCCAACCAACCACCAACAAAGCACAAAGACAAAUAGCACUUAGCUGUUUGAGAUUUUUUUUUUUUUUUCCGUGAACUGGGUUUUGGUUUUGGUUUUUGGUGCCGAUGACAUUUUUUUGAUGUGGGAAUCUCAAAUGAGAGAUUCAUUUAUAUUUUUGUGUUAUUUUCAUUUGGAGAAAUGAGAAGAUUGGAAAGGUUGUUUAUUAGUAUUAUUAGUAAUUAUGCGAACAGGAAGGUUGUUUAGUAUUAUUAUUAAUUAUGCGAACACUUUGUGACGCUUGUGAAAGCGCUGCCGCGAUCGUGUUUUGUGCUGCUGACGAGGCUGCUCUUUGCCGUGCCUGCGAUGAAAAGGUCCACAUGUGCAACAAACUUGCUAGCCGGCACGUUAGAGUUGGCCUGGCUGAUCCCAGCGCCGUUCCUCAGUGCGACAUUUGCGAAAAUGCACCUGCUUUCUUUUAUUGCGAGAUAGAUGGAAGUUCCCUUUGUUUGCAAUGUGAUAUGAUCGUUCAUGUUGGAGGCAAAAGAACACAUGGAAGAUAUCUACUCUUGAGGCAGAGAGUUGAGUUUCCAGGGGACAAGCCUGGUAAUCCUGAGGAACCAGCAUCCCAACCCGCAGAGCGAGAUGAGGCAAGAAGAGGUCAAAACCUGGCUCCUCCCAAAAUGGUGGCGGAAGAGAACCAGCAAAAUCACGCGGUUUCUCCUGUUUGGAUAUUGGAGGCCAACAAUGCUGAUGGGCAUUCCAAGAGAGAUACUAAAUUGAUUGAUCUAAAUAUGAAGCCUCACAAGUUGCAUGAGCAAUCUCCAAAUGAUCAGGAUCAAUGAGAAGUUGUAUCAUCUCGAAGCAGCGGUUUUUGCGACAAAAUUAAAGCGGUCGAGCUAUGUAUCGUCAAAUAAAUUCGGUUUAGGUGCUUGUUCAAGUGAACUGCAAGUAAUGGUCCUAGAGGCUUUUGGAGAGUGAUGUUUUUUCCAUUUGUUGUAGCUUUACUUGUGCAAAGUUGGUAGUUUGAUAGCUUUUCAAUUUACUUUUGAAAAUUGAGAUAUAAUCGAAUGCCUAUAGUACUCA